UCUCUCUCUCUCUCUCUGUCUCUCUCACUUCAAAACUAAGCAAAUAAAAGCUAUACACCAAACCAAAAAUCCCUAAUCUGAUCCCCCAAAUUCUCGGGCACCGACUCACUUUUCCGGACAAUUUCAUGACCUCUGGCCGGUGAUGUCUCCGGCGGUCAUGGAUGUCCAAUCUCCCCUCACUUCCCCACCCCAAAUGCAACCAAAACAACAACAAUCGUUCACUCCGCAAAACCCUAACCCUAACCCACUCUUCCCUUUCGAUUCGGGCUCGAAUCUCCCCGAGCAGCAUCAAAGUUCGAACCUUGGCUUCUCUUUGCCUUUUGUGCCGCGAAUGAGUUCAGAGAAGUCGAAUUCUUCUGCAGUUUCGGGGCGUUCGAAGCCGAGGCUUGUGAAGAUUAGGAGACAGAAGGGUUCUCAGCAAGGGAAGUCUUCAAAUAAUUCGGGUUUGAAACCUUUUCAGUCUGUUUUGGAGAAUUCUAAUCAAGUUAACAAUGCUACUAGUAGUUCAUCAAAUGGGUUCAAUUCUUUGGUUGGGGAUGUGGAUUUUGUGUUUGGUUCACAUAAGAACAGUUUGAUGUCGAAUUUGAAUUCGGAAAAGGAACAAUGUACUGGAAGUGCAGAAGGGUUUGGGAGCUUCAAUAAUGUGGGUUUUGUGUUUGGUGUCAAUAAGAGUAAUUGGGAUUCGAAUUUACAUUCAGAGCAUAAAGAAUCUAGUGGAGGUGUGGGAGAAUUGGGUGCCGAUGUGGGAUUUGUGUUUGGUGCUAAUAAGAGUAGUUCUUUAACGAAUUCGGACUUGGAAAGGAGACCAUCCAGUGGAAAUGUGCAACAGUUGGGUGCUGAUGAGUUUGGGGAACUCAAUUAUGGGGGUUUUGUGUUUGGUGCCAAAAAGAGUAAUUCGGAUUCGAAUUCACAUUCAGAGCAUAAAGAAUCUAGUGGAGGUGUGGGAGAAUUGGGUGCCGAUGUGGGAUUUGUGUUUGGUGCUAAUAAGAGUAGUUCUUUAACGAAUUCGGACUUGGAAAGGAGACCAUCCAGUGGAAAUGUGCAACAGUUGGGUGCUGAUGAGUUUGGGGAACUCAAUUAUGGGGGUUUUGUGUUUGGUGCCAAAAAGAGUAAUUCGGAUUCGAAUUCACAUUCAGAGCAUAAAGAAUCUAGUGGAGGUGUGGGAGAAUUGGGUGCCGAUGUGGGAUUUGUGUUUGGUGCUAAUAAGAGUAGUUCUUUAACGAAUUCGGACUUGGAAAGGAGACCAUCCAGUGGAAAUGUGCAACAGUUGGGUGCUGAUGAGUUUGGGGAACUCAAUUAUGAGGGUUUUGUGUUUGGUGCCAAAAAGAGUAAUUCAGUUUCAAAUAAAAAUUCAGAACAGAGAGCAUCUAAUGGAAGUGAGGGGCAAAUGCAUGCCGAUGAGUUUAGGAAAUUUGACAGUGUGCAAUUUGGCUCCAAACCUACCACUUCAGUAUCCAGUUCAAAUUUUGAAGCAAGAGAACCCAGUGUAAAUGUGGAAAUUUUUGGCGAGGGAGGGGGGACGAUGAAAGAAGAGAAUAAGGCAGAGUUCAGGAAGCUAGAUGAUCAGUGUUUUGUUUUUAGUGGAGAUUUAAUGUCAAAUUCAAAUUUGAAAAAGAAAGAAUCUCAUGAAAAUGUUGAGAAAUCGGCUUCUGAUGUAAGCGGGAAGAUGAAAUUAGAUUUUGGGAAAUUAGAUAAUACAAGUUUUGUGCUUGGUGGUAAUUGGAGUGAACUGACAUCAAACUUCGAUUCGGUGAAAAGUGAAUCUAAUGAAAAUGGAGGAAAAUCAGUACCAAUUGGCAGCCAGAAGAUGAAACUUGGAGCACAAUUGGGGCUGUCUGAUAAUGUUCGUUUUAAUUUUAGUGCUUCUUUGAAGAGUUCAUCAUCAAUUUCAGAUUUCCAAAAGAGAGAAUCCAGUGAAAGUUCUGGGAAAUCAGACUUUGAGGAUGUUGGAAAGAUGAAAGUAGAUAUUGAAGUAGGUUCUGUUGUAAAUAAUAAAGACAAUUUUGUAUUUGGAAGUAGUGUUAGUAGCACCAGUGCUUCUGGGACAAGCACAUCACACAAACUCUCAGAUGAGAUGAAGAAAUUGACUGUUGAUGAUUGUGGAAAGAUUGAAUGUUCAGACAACGCUGAAGAUCCUAAUAUUAACUCUUACGGCAGUUCUAAUCAUGUCUUUGUGUUUGGAAGUGACAAAAGCCCCCCUGGUUUUUGUACAGGAAAAGCAAGAACUACUUCAUAUGAGCAGGUCAAGGAUGCAAAUUUGAAAGGUCCUGGGAAUGCCAGUGCUGUUGAGAAGACGGAAGGAGUCAACUUUAGAACCAUUGACGAGAAUGUCUUUGUAUUUUCAAGUAGUAUUUAUGCUGCUGGCUCUUUUGGUGGAGGUGAGCGACAUGUUAUGCCAACCGAAAAGGAUAAAAACACAAGUGGGCUAGGAGUUUUCGAUGGAAUAAAACUGGGGUGUCCUUUUGGAAGUUCUUGGGAGGAGAAACAGCCAGCAAAUGUCGAUGAGAAGAGCUCCAAUGGCCCUUCUGUCAGUACCUCUACUCCAAAACCAUUUACUUUUCAGGCAGGUCUAGGUAAAAUCUCUGAUGGACCUCAAGAUCAACUCAACGAUGAUACCAACCUGAAUAAAACCUCUAACCAGUCUUUAUUUUCAUCCAGUGGGCUUGGCUUUGAAGUACCUUCUAUGGGCAGAUUUGAGAAUAAGGAUAAAUUCAGCUUCACAAGCACGCCAGUUGGAUUAGGGGCAUCCACUACAGACUUUAGAACAUUGAAUAGGGAUGCAUCUUUUUCAUUUACAGCAAAUCUGUAUAACGGGUUAAAUAAAAAGUUAGAAUUUUGUGAAAAGAGUAUUUCAAUCAAGGACAAGACAGGGAAGAAGACGAGGAGAAAGUUGAGGCGGGCUAUUCCAGUUCAGCAGCAAUCUAGGCAAAAUUGUGUGUCAAAAGAAGGCUCCCAACAAAACCCAGACUCUCCUGCAUGCUAUUCACCCAUGGAUUUUUCUCCCUAUCAUGGUAACAGUUGUGCACCCUCCGCUGUGAAUGCAACAAGUUCUACAUGUGCAAGUGAUGAAGAUUUGGCAGCUGCAAGAGAAGGACCUAAUACCAGUGAAGAUGACAAAAAAUGUAGAGGGAAACAUGAAGAAGUUUCCAAGAAUCAUUAUGAAAGAUUUGUUGCUCAUUCUUCUUUAGAAGAAGCUGAAACUGAAUGCAGUAAUUUCAAAUCUGAACAGAAAACCAUUAACAGGGGUGGUGGUGUUGCGGAAGAUAGUGUCAAUUCAGACAGGAAGAGGGAAGAAAGUGAGUGUGUAAAGCAAUUUUGUUUUGCCUCAAGUGUAGAAGAUAUCAGUGUGAGAAAUUUUACCUUCUCUGUGUCCUCUGCACAAGAUAACUUUUCAGUGACGAAGCGCCAAAACCUAAAGAAAUAUAGGAUGAAAGUUGGUCAUGGUCCAAAUUGUACCACUCCAAGUCAAAAAGUUGACACUGUAUCUUCCUCUGUCCAAUCUUCACCUCUUGAUAGUGGUUAUUUACAUCGGAUAUGGGCACAGGAUAAAGAAGGGGAUAUAAUUAGUUCUCAAAGGAAGGGGGAGAACAAAUCUAAAGGAGGUGAAGAACAUGACAAGGGGUCCACUGCUGCAACUCUGGAAGCCUGUGAGAAGUGGCGAAUUAGGGGAAAUCAAGCUUAUGAGAAAGGGUAUAGGUCUGAAGCUGAGGAAUUUUACACAAAGGGUAUAAACUGCGUCCUUCAUAGUGAGAAGUCAGGAUGCUGUGUUGAGCCACUUGUGCUGUGUUAUAGCAACCGUGCUGCUGCACGGAUGUCUCGUGGAAGGAUGAGGGAAGCCCUAGGGGACUGUAUGAUGGCUGCUUCAUUGGAUCCCACCUUUCACAAAGUCCAAAUUAGAGCUGCAAAUUGUCAUCUUGCGCUGGGGGAAGUUGAAGAUGCACUCCAAUAUUUCAGCAAGUGCGUAGAAUCAGGGAGUCAUGUUUGUUUGGACCGUAGAAUUAUAAUAGAAGCAGCCAAUGGCCUACAAAACGCUCAGAAAGUGGCCAAAUGUAUGAAUCAGUGUGCCGAACUUUUACGAGAGAGAACUUCCAAUGCAGCAAAUAGUGCUUUGGAAAUAAUUUCCCAAGUCUUGUCAAUAAGUUCUUACUCAGAGAAAUUACUUGAAAUGAAAGGAGAGGCUCUUCUUAUGCUUCAAAGGUAUGAAGAGGUGAUUCAACUCUGUGAGCAGACUCUCGUUUUUGCUGAAAAGAAUUUUGCAAUGGUAACUGGUGAUAACAACUUAGUGAAUGUGGAUGGUCUUGAAUACAAGAACUCAUCUAUAAAGCUGUGGAGGUGGCUUCUGAUAUCCAAGUCCUACUUUUAUCUUGGAAGACUUGAUGAGGCUCUUGAUUUGCUAGAAAAGCAAGAGCUAUUGAGAUCUACUGAAGACAGGCAUGGAAGCAGCACUCGGGAGUCAUCAAUUCCAUUUGCUGUCACUGUUCGUGAACUUUUACACCGCAAGAAUGCAGGGAAUGAAGCAUUUCAGUCUGGGAGGCAUACAGAAGCAGUGGAGCAUUACACUGCCGUGGUAUCAAGCAGUAUCGAAUCACGUCCUUUUGCGGCCAUUUGUUUUUGCAACCGUGCUGCUGCACACCAAUCUCUGGGCCAAAUUGCUGAUGCUAUUGCCGACUGUAGUCUGGCCAUAGCUCUUGAUGGAAGUUACUCAAAGGCAGUUUCUAGAAGAGCCACCUUACAUGAAACAAUUAGAGACUAUGAACAAGCAGCCAGUGACCUUCAUAGACUGAUCUCUCUUCUUGAAAAGCAAUCACAAGAAAAGGUUCAACAGUGUGGCUCACCAGACGGAUCAGCUGGCGGCAAUGUUAAAGAAUUAAGACAAGCUCAUCGCCGCCUUUCCUCAGUGGAAGAAAAGGCUAAAAAGGGAAUCUCCUUGGAUCAUUACCUCAUUCUGGGAAUUAAACCGUCUGAUGCAGCAUCCGAAAUAAAAAAGGCAUAUCGGAAAGCAGCACUGAGACAUCAUCCAGACAAGGCUGGUCAAUUCCUGGCAAGAAGUGAGAGUGGAGAUGAUGGACAACUCUGGAAGGAAAUAGCUGAUGAAGUGCACAAGGAUGCUGACAGACUUUUUAAAAUGAUCGGAGAGGCAUAUGCUGUGCUUUCAGAUCCGACCAAGCGUUCACAUUAUGAUCUUCAGGAGGAAUUGAGGAAUGCUCAAAAGGAGAGCAAUGGAAGCAGAGCUUCUAGAGGACCUUCUGAUUAUUACAGUUCUCCAUUUGAUGGCAGUACAAGCAGGCGAUAUUGGAAGCAGACUUGGAAGACAUAUGGGAACUCACGUUCUCAAUUCUGAGAAGCUGUAGAAAACGAAUUGAAGUAACUCUUAUAUCUGGAAGGUAAUUAGUUGAAAUCAAGAAAUAUCAAAUUAACUGACCUACAUUCCAAAGUUCCAUGAAUAUUGGUGGGAGGUGGCUGGCUACUGGUUUGGUAAUGUACGGAUGGCCUAAUAUUAUUCUGAUGAGGAGUGAAGGGAUGGUGGCCUUGCUCUUGUUUUUCUGAGGAUAACUUCAUGAUGAAAGUUUAAGAGCGAGUGAAGAUGUAAUUAUGAUUUUGGUUCUAACUAGGGGGAAAUUCUGCAUCUGCAACCCCAUAAAAAUUGUGAAAGUGGGUUGGCAGAAGGAUGUUUAUACAAAAUUGUAUUAUUAUACUUUUUUUUUAAUAGAUUUUUUUAAAUUGGUUAUUAAGUGAGGGAUGUUUGAUUGUUGUAGUCUUGCAAUAGUUUGGAUGCGAGGGUAAGAUGCUGAUAUUUUUGAGUGGAAGUACAUUUUGUGAGUAACGAAAGUGAUGAAUUCUUGUGAGUAAUGAAAGUGAUGAAUUCUUUCUGUAGAGAUUUUCUAUCAAUUGAUAAUGAGCUUUCGGAAA